AUGUCCACCAAGUUCGUCUGCCUGGUCGUGGUGGUGGCCCUGUUUGGUGGCAUUUGCUGCACGGGGAGUACGCUCGUCCACCGGGGUCAGCCGGGCGAUGUGUUCACCAGUUCCUUUCUGGUGCGCUUCAAACGCAGCCUGGACAAGCAGCUGGUGCACGAAAUAGCGACUCGUAAUGGAUUCCAAAAUUUGGGCGAGCUUCCUGGCAGCAAUGGAAAGGAGUUCCACUUCAAGCAUACCACUCUGCCGCUAGUACGGACCAGGCGCAGCAUCUCCCAUACGCGAGUCCUUAAAAAGGAACCUCUGAUACACACGGCCGUACAACAGCCAGGAUUUAAGCGCGUGAAGCGUGGCUUCCGUCAUGCAGUUCCGUUAAACUACAUCCCGGACAAGGCACCCGGGUAUGGUGGUGAAAAUGUACCGACCGAUCCGUACUUUCCGUUUCAAUGGUACUUGAAAAAUACAGGGCAAAAUGGUGGCAAAGCCAAACUUGACUUAAACGUGCUAGCUGCGUGGGACCAAGGCAUUACGGGAAAAAACAUUACAACCGCCAUCAUGGACGACGGCGUUGAUUAUAUGCACGCAGAUCUGAAGUUUAAUUAUAACGCUGAAGCUAGUUACGAUUUCAGCAGUAACGAUCCAUUCCCCUAUCCUCGAUAUACGGACGACUGGUUCAAUAGCCAUGGUACGAGAUGUGCGGGAGAGGUCGCCGCUGCCCGGGACAAUGGGAUCUGCGGCGUUGGUGUGGCGUACGAUUCGAAAAUUGCCGGCAUUCGGAUGCUGGACCAACCAUACAUGACCGAUCUGAUAGAGGCGAACUCGAUGGGCCACGAACCGCACAAAAUACACAUCUACAGUGCAUCCUGGGGACCGACGGACGAUGGUAAAACGGUAGACGGGCCGCGAAACGCAACGAUGCGUGCGAUCGUACAAGGAGUGAAUGAGGGCCGGAACGGGCUGGGUAAUAUCUACGUGUGGGCUUCGGGUGAUGGCGGUGAGGAGGACGAUUGUAACUGUGACGGGUAUGCGGCAUCCAUGUGGACCAUCUCAAUCAACAGUGCGAUCAACGACGGGCAGAAUGCACACUAUGAUGAGAGUUGCAGUUCAACGCUGGCCAGCACAUUCAGCAAUGGAGCCAAGGAUCCAAACACUGGUGUGGCAACCACCGAUCUGUACGGAAAAUGCACCACAACACACUCGGGAACGAGUGCAGCAGCACCGGAAGCGGCCGGAGUUUUCGCACUUGCACUGGAAGCGAAUCCAUCAUUAUCUUGGCGCGAUAUGCAACAUCUAACAGUACUGACUUCGAAGCGGAAUUCACUGUUUGACGCCAAGAAUCGGUUCCACUGGACGAUGAACGGCGUUGGGCUGGAGUUUAACCAUCUGUUUGGAUUCGGCGUCCUGGAUGCCGGUGCUAUGGUUGCGUUGGCAAAGAAAUGGAGAACAGUGCCGCCCCGAUAUCACUGUGAAGCCGGUGCAAUCACACAGAUACACCGGAUACCUUCGUCGGGUUCGCUGUACUUGCCAAUCAAGACAAAUGCUUGCAAAGGCACGGAUACGGAAGUACGCUACCUGGAACAUGUGCAGGCCGUUAUUACUGCAAACGCCAGCAGACGUGGUGAUCUGGAGCUAUUCCUGACAUCUCCAAUGGGCACAAGAUCAAUGAUACUGAGCAAACGGGCCAAUGAUGAUGACCGUCGGGAUGGCUUCACAAAAUGGCCUUUCAUGACGACUCACACAUGGGGCGAAUAUCCACAGGGCACAUGGAUGUUGGAGGCCACAUUCAAUUCGCAGGAGAGCCGUACUGGUUGGAUCAAAGAGUUUUCGCUCGUGUUGCACGGCACCAAGGAUCCACCGUAUCAGACACUGUCGCCGGCAUCGCCACACUCCAAGUUGGCGAUUGUAAAGAAAGCUCACGAAGAUAAGGACGGCAAUUAAGAUGUAACCUUUUAGCCGUCUGCACAAAACACACAUACCAACCACGUACACUUUCACACAUACAUAAACAGACGUACACGUAAACACAGACUCUACAAAGUACGCUGCAAUGGUGUCUAUAGGAUGGCAACAUAGGGCGCAUAUAUAGAUCUAUAUAUACAUAUAUAUAUAUAUUUAUACAUUGA